AAAGACUGAUUUUGAAGAAAUCGAACGAAGACGACGGAGUAAUGGCGAUUACGGCGACUAGAUUGGUCUCUCUCACUCUCUUAUGGAUUGUCGUCCUCUUCGUCACACUUGCUCUCAUUCAGGUUAAGUUGACUGAUGUUGCGGAUCCUACGGUCAAUGAGAAGAUUGCUGAUCAGGUGGGAGAGGAUUUAGAGGAAGUCACGCACAAAGUUUACUUUGACAUUCAGAUCAAUGGUUCACCAGCAGGGCGGAUUCUCAUCGGGCUGUUUGGGAAGACUGUUCCUAAAACUGCAGAGAACUUUCGAGCACUUUGUACGGGAGAAAAAGGAGUUGGGGAAAUGGGGAAACCUCUUUAUUUCAAAGGAAGCAGCUUCCAUAGGAUCAUUCCUAGCUUCAUGAUUCAGGGUGGAGAUUUUACACGAGGAGAUGGACGAGGUGGAGAGUCGAUCUAUGGCGUUAAAUUUGCUGAUGAGAACUUCAAACUCAAACACACUGGACCAGGAGUAUUAUCAAUGGCAAACUCGGGACCAGAUUCCAACGGUUCACAGUUCUUCAUCACAACCGUCACCACGAGUUGGUUGGACGGACAUCACGUCGUGUUCGGUAAGGUAUUGUCUGGCAUGGAUGUAGUUCACAAGAUCGAAGCGCAGGGGCAAGACAGUGGAGAGCCCAAAGGAAAAAUUAUUAUUUUGGAUAGUGGAGAAGUAUCUUUGUAAUACCUUCUUCAAGUUUAAGAGAGAACCAAUAUAUACAUAUUUCAUCGUUCCAAAAUCACAAAAGUAACUUCAUCUACAAAUAUUGAUCUCAUUUCGGUCCUCUUCUCAUACAAAGAUC